AUGCCUGACUUGAGAAAUAUCGCUAUUGAUAUGGUGAACUUCACCGUAUCGAAUGUCAAUGAUGCCAUUUCAUUCAAACCACAUCUUUGUAGAGAGGUACCUCAACAACAAUACAACGCUUUGAAGAAUUGGUACAUUGAAUUUACUGGUACUUCCAUUCGUAAGAAUAAGUGUAGGUUGUUUUUCUUACCAAUUAACGUGUCCGAUGAGCUGCAACAGCUGAACCCCGUUAUUCCUGAUGAAGUCAAGAUCACCAGUCCCGAUGACAGCAAUGUAAUCUAUUACAAGAACAGAUUGAUCACAGAACUCGACUUUGAAAAUGUCAAGCGUGUUCAGAGAGCUUGUAUUUAUAUUGCUUAUGCUGCUGUCAACCAACUGCUAAAUUUGGAAACGGAUCCAUCUAUGAUCUUGGAGUCGAAUCAGUCGACUGCCACUGCUACUAACAUGGGCAACGGAACUGCCCCUUCAUCUGCAGCAUCUUCUCAUGCAAAUGUUGAUGGAUUAGACCCUAUGGAAUCAUGCCACAUAUCUUUAAAAAGAGGUGAAGUUUUAGGAUUCAGAGAGUUAGGUCACUUGAUAAGCAUCACGCCAUGGCAUUUCCAUCGUGUCUUUAAAGUGAUCACUGGUUUAACCAUUCGUGAAUAUGGUCAAUUGUGUGUCGAAUUUUUGAAGAAGAACUGCAGUUUGGUCAACCCUGUUAAAACAAGAGUAGCUAAGUUGAAGGAAAACGGUGAUUCUUACUCCUGUCUUGACGAUGAAAAUUUCAUGAACGAUGAUACUGUCAAGUACGAGUGUGAUGACAACUGUGUCAUUUUACCCGAUUACUUCAUUGAUUUGACCAAAUCCAAGGAAUCCAAAAGAAAAUCGAAUGAUUCUCCACCAUCCAGUGCACCUUCUAACCGUUCCGCUAACAACGGUAUUGAUUUCACUAGUGAAAACGAUUCAUCUAAGAACCAUCAUCCAACUUCUGGGUUAUCACGUUCGGAACAGCGUAAACGCAGAAGCUCUGUAAUGAUUCAAAAGAUUAGAAAUGCAUCUAUUUGCACUUUCUCAUCGAACCCCUCUAUUCAAUCUGCUUUGAAUAACCCCGGAACCCCUAUUCAAAGCUCUGAUUACAAAUCUUUGACACCUUCACCUGGUAACCAAAGUAAUCAUGUUCAAUCUUAUGAUUUUGCUCCUUAUCUGCGCCAUCCUUCUACAUCGACUAUUGGAUUAAGACGGAAAUCCAAGGCUAGUCGUAACGGUAGCGUUGCUGGGUUGGAAGCUCACGGAAUGGUUUCCAAGCCCAAGCAUAAAAGAAACACUAGCGAACCUACUGUUAACAAUGAUAUAAACAUUAGGGAGGGAUAUUUGACUAGUAAGAUGUCUAAUAAUCAAGCGCUAAAUGACGUUACAAACAACGAUACUGGACAAAACCAAGGUCUAGCGGAAGCGUUCACGUUCCCAUCUCCUCAAGUUGCUUUCAAGUUUAACAUGUUCGACGAAUCAAACUUGAACAACUUGGACAUGGACAUGAACUUGAACUCUAUGAACCUAUCUGAGAUGGCUUUGAAUUCCAUCUCUACAAACAUGGAUGCGUUGACUCCUUUGAACCAACUCGAGAACAAUCUCAGUGCUCCUGAAACAUCAAAUACUGCUACGUCUGGUACCACAACUACGACAACUACAGAUAUUGAUUUGAACCUUGCCAUGGACGACAUUACAGAAAUGUCUGCCCUAUCUCUAAAUUCAAACGCUCAAUUUCAAUACGUUCAUAUGGAUAAGCCACAGCAACAGCAGCUACAAUCUCUUAACUUUAACAAUGGCCCACUACAUCUAGACGCUACCCAUCAACACCAAAUAAGCGAACCCCAAAGCUUGAGUUCUACACUACCAACCACUCCUCAGGAUGUCAGUGCUUUGUUACCGUUACAAGGUCAUGAUUCGUUGUUAAUGGAAUUUUCCCCAGAGGAACCUGGCAACAUCGCAUCUAGUGUGGAUCCAUUAUUCCCAUUGUAUCCCUCGUCCAUGUUAACCGCUAUGCCCAGCGACGCUUUUGCAACUUAUGAGGAUUUCAUCGCGAACUAA